AUUUGCUUUGGGAGUGACUCUGGUGACGUUGGCCAAUAAGUAUUAUGUUGGGCUAGCUCCGGCACAGGUUAAAUAGGGGGAAGCCUUUAUGGAGGUGAUCUCGUAGUGCCUGUAGAGAGACUUUGCUUAUCCGGGGAGAGAUAAAGAAUGAAGGCAGACAAUGGGAGCAUAUACCCCCCUCCAUAUACCUACAACAUGGAUUAUCAAUGGGCACCUCCGAUUCAGCCUGGUUACAACAUAAACCCAGCUCUGUACCCAAAUGGGCAGCCCAUGGUAAGCUAUGCCACUCAGCCAGAUGGGACACCUAUAGUGACAACCCAACCCAAUGUGAUGGUCAUCCCUCAACCGGCCCACAAUGACUACCUGUGCCUGUCCAUUGUGAGCCUCAUCCUGUGCUUUCUGCCUCUCGGAGUUGCCGCAGUUAUCUACUCUUGCAAGGUAAAAUGGGUUCCAGUCUAAAUAGAUCAAUAUCCCCAAUCAAUAUCUCCAUACAGACAAAUUACAGAGAUUAAUCCAACGCCUGAAAUCUCAAUCAUUUUUAAACUUACCUUGUUAACGGUUAAUAAGUAGAAUAACCAAGUCCCCAGACCCCAGUAUCCACGUAGACCGGAGGGAGUGGGGGCUCUCAACAUAUCUCUCUUACAAUGCAACUCAGAACUUACAUCCCUUAAUGCAUCCUAACUUCCGACUUUAAAUAAAUAAAGCUGAAAAAAAUGGCGAUUUACUAAAAGUUAUUAUUUUACCCCAAAAUUGCAAUCCCUUAAUUAAUACAUUUCUUCUAAGAUUAUCCUGAAACAUAUCAAGGGGUUGAUGCACUAAGCAGUGAGCUGUAGUGAUUAAAAGCUCGCAGGUUAGGUUACAAUAGUCAGGACGAGAUUACGGUUGAGUUGGAGCAUUUUGCAAGAUUUGAUUCAGAUUUCGAUUUAUCACAAUUUGGAGUUUAGUAAAUUAACCAUGUAAUAAGUUAGCCAGACAAUAGCCAUGUUUCUUUUUUCUUUCUUAGUCACGAGACUCGCUGAGACACGGAGACAUGUUUUCAGCGGCGAUUGAUUCACGCAUGGCGUUUAAACUGAAUAUGGCGGCUCUGGGAAUAGGAAUCGCCGGACACAUCACUUGGAUUAUCUGUGUGAUUUAUUUCAAUUUAACAUACAGCCAUGCGACUAACUACCAUUUUAGCUUCAGUCUUUAAAAUAAUUCAUACAAACCACGGCACCACUUACUGGAUCCUUUUCUGUACGAACUCUCUACAAAGCAUGAAGCCGGCACUGAUUAAAUAAGAAUCCCAGAGUUAUUCACUAAUGUGAGAAUUCAAAGAGAAUUCCAAAAUCAAGGUAGAAAUAGCCAAACUGCAAACAUUCUCCAAGUCUGCUAUGCUGCCAGAUCAGCUGCUUUGGUCUUAAAAGUGCUAUUCCCUUUAAAUUCUCUCUUAAAAUCCUCACUUAAGUGAAUAAACCUGUAUGUUUCUAAACUACUAAUGUUCGGUUCAAAUUGUGAUAAUCCUUGUGUCUGUGUCUCCUCUGCGUCACUUUAAUAAGAGUUUGAGAAGAUGUUCCUUCGUAUGGCCAAGAUUAUCCUCGUAACGUGACUAUUUGAGUGCUCUCACUACUGUGGUACAGUGAGCUGAUGAUGGCGAUUCAGGAGGUGGCAGUGUCCUUUAAUGGGAUUUUUCUAUUUUAAUAUUAAGUCUAGCAUGUAUAUAGCGCCAUCAUAUGCCACAUCGCUGUACAAUCAUAGAAAGGGGGGAAGGGGGGAAGAAGGCCCUGUUCCAGUGAGCUUACACUCUAUAAACUACACAGUCUGCAUCUUUAAUAUUGCUCGCUGCGUUUAUGUUUAUGUUUGAAUGAAUACACAGAGUUUGCUUUUAAUCACAUCAGUGGUUUGGUUACAUUAUAUCCUCUUGUAGAAAUACAAUUUAUUGUUUUGAUAAUACUAUCUCCCACAAUAUGGGGAAUAAGCUGAGCCUGUAACAAGAUAGAACAUAACGUAGUGUAAUUGGAAUACAGUAAAUGUAGAACUUAACAUAGUGGAAUACAGUAAACUGAUUUAAUAGAACUUGCUUUUUAUUCUUCCCUUUCCCUCAUUUUCCCCUCAUUCUCCUUCAUAUUAACCUUUAAAAGAAAAUAGAGAAAAUAAAUAGAAAAUAAAUGUUUUAUUACCAUAAGAGAUAUAUUAUAUCUACUUUAGAUAUAGGGUAUAUUGUAUUCAGAGUUAUCACCUUCAUGAUUUGUGGAGCUAUAGAUAAAUGUGCACAUAUUGAAGUCACGAGAAGAGGAGAUUUACUGAUAUGAUUCUCCAUUUAGCACUUUAUAAGGAGACGCCAGAACCCUGACAUCCACAGUAUGCAUCUGGAGUAAAUAUUCUUAUCCGGUUUAUAAUUGCACUUUUCAUUUAAAGGGACACUCCAGGCACCCAGACUACUUCUGCCCAUUGGAGUGGUCUGGGUGCCAACUCCCACUACCCUUAACCCUGCAACUGUAAAUGUUGCAGUUUUCAUAAGCCACUAGAGGGCACUUCCUGGUUCAUAGCACAUAUUUUCUGUGCUAUAGCGUCGCUGGACGUCCUCACACUGUGUGACGAACUCCGGUGACGCUAAAAUCCCCAUAGGGAAGCAUUGAAACCAUUUUUCAUUUCUUUCCUAUGGGGAGGUCUAAUGUGCAUGCCGAUGAGGUGGGCGGGGGAGGAGCGUGGGCAGAGCCUGG